AUGGAUCCCGACGCUGCGCCAGAGAUUGCGCAUACUAUACGCGACGAACCAACAGAUAGUCACGCGCUGGCAAUGGCUGAGCAUGAUGAAAAGGGUUCAGCACAAGAACCACACGACAUGGAGGUGAAAGACCUUGGUUGGCAAGAGCCCGUGAGCAAGAUUGCAAACCCACUGGUGGGAGGCUUGCCAAACGAGGAGUUAUGGGUACUCAUUCGACGAUUUGACAAGCAAAUGUACCAUGUCAAAGAAUUCCCGAGAGCGCCGCCAGGCAACCUUGAUCUUCACAUUGCAGACGGGGAGGAAUUCUCACCUGACAAACUUCGAGCGAAUCUUGAACGAUUGUACAUGACUGUUAUGAUCGGUCUGCUCGCUUUCUUCAAGCAUAUCGUUCGACUCAGGUCAUGGCGGGAGAGGCGUCGAACUUCAGCUUUCGCAGCGACUUACUUGAUUGCAUGGUUCUUCGAUCUUCUGGCUCCUCUCUUCUUUUCAGUCAUCAUCGCUCUGAUCGCGUACCCUCCCAGUCGAAAGCUCUUGUUUCCCCCAGCACCGUUAGCCUUGGUAUCAGGGAAGACCGGUGGUGUUCAGAAACCCAAAGCUGGUGUCCUUGGCUCCAUAGAUUCUGCGACAGGGGCUCCAGAAAAUUACAAAGGAGAAGCAGUCGAGGCAGAAGCAGCACAUUUCGUCAAUGGUAUUGCCUCGGUGGCCAUAUCAAGUGUAAGCGGAAAGCAUCCACAAGAUGGCGCAUCAGAGCAGGAGAGCGGAGGAAAAAGCGAUCAUGUCCCGGACCCCACAGCUCUCGCUGUCGAUGCGAGCAAUGCCCGUGCAAAAUCUCAAGGUGACAAAAACGUGGCGGCGGACAAAGCCAAGGUGCCCAUGCAGACAGCAAUGUGGAACACAAUGAGACCCAUCAUGCAUGGAAUCGCAGAUGUAUCCGAUACUUGGGAAAGAUUCGGGAAUGCCCUCUCGCCAACGCCUCCAUUCCCACGCGACUUGUACAGACUUCGACUGGCCAGUUUGGUGAUCCCGAUGUUGGCGAUUUCAUUCUUCGUAACAAACUACAUGCUUGUCAAGGGCAUCACCUUCGGCAUCGGAUUUGGCUUCUUCGGCGACCCAGUCAUCACACGUGGAUUGGCCUGGCUCAAUUCGACCUUUCCACAUUGGCAGAAACUGUUGGAACUUCGGAACACCAUUCUCAAGGGUGUACCAACUAACGCACAAUUGACCAUCACUCUAUUGCGCAUCGGAGAGACCAACAAGGCGCCUCUUCCACCGCCACCAUCAUGGCGUACACCGCCGUCGGAUGCGCCUGCGGCCUUGACAGCCGAAGAUUUAGCCGCUGUAGCAGGGGAUGUUCCAUUAGAUGCCACGGAAGAGGAGCUUCGCGCAGCGAUCGAAAAGGAUCAUUCGACUGCUGAAGCAACAACGGGCGCCGACAUCGACGCGGCGAAAUCUAGCUCCCAUAAGGCCGGUUCCAAAAUCGGGAAGUUCUUCAAAACGGGAAUUAAAGGCACGGUCAACACAAUUCUUGGAGCCGACGGUCUCAAAGCCAAAGCCGGCAGUGAGCCAUCCAAGCAACGUCUGGGAGUUGUUCUCAAUCCGAAUGAAGAUAAUCUGAGCGGUCCAAUCGAUUUCAAAUGUCGCUUCCACGGGAAACGUGGGCACGCCUAUAUUAGCACUGUCGCUACUAUUCCUUGUAUCAGCUUCUCGCUCGACAAGGAGAUCGCUGAUGGAAUGGUGUUGAAGCCGAGUGAGGAAUUACAUCCGGUGUGGUCAGUGGCCAUCGCGGACAUUAAAGAAUUGAAGAAGAUUGGAGGUCUGGGAUGGAAGAGCAAGUUGAUUGUCGGAUGGGCUCUCGACCGCGAAGUUGCAGAUGGAUUGGAGAUUGUCGACCAACAAGGCAACCACUGGACGGUUACAGCGAUGGCGCUGCGCGAUGAAUUGUUCAAUCGGUUGAUAUCUAUGGGUGGUCAGAAGUGGGAGUCCUGGUAA